AUGGGUUCCACUAAUUUGGAUCUAGAGCAGAAGGCGUUUACUGAACCUUCGGCCGCUCAACAUGACAAUUUUGUCACCUCUCCCAAUGCCUCGGAUUCUGUGGCCGAAAAAGAGCCCGAGUCUGAGUUCGUUUAUGAUACAGGCCUCAAGCAAUGGCUCCAAGUGCUGGGCUCAUUUUUCCUCUUCUUCAACUCAUGGGGCGUCAUCAACACCUGGGGUGCGUAUCAAUCCUAUUAUGAGCAGGAACUACUCGUCGGCACUUCGUCAUCCACAAUUGCCUGGAUUGGGUCGUUGCAAUCAUUCCUGUUGAUGAUGGUUGGAGCCAUCACAGGCCCACUGUUCGAUGCAGGCUACUUCCGGGCCCUCAUCAGCGUUGCCGCCUUUCUUAUGCCAUUUGGCUUGAUGAUGACCAGCCUGGCCACUCAAUACUGGCAGCUGAUCCUUUCUCAAGGUAUCUGCUGUGGUCUGGCAGCAGGUUGUCUUUUUGUUCCAUCCGUUGCCAUCCUGCCACACUACUUCAAGAACAAGAAAGGAUUGGCGAACGGCCUUGCUGCCAGUGGUAGCAGUAUCGGCGGCGUUGUCUAUCCAAUCAUGUUUGACCAGCUGCAAAACAAGGUCGGCUUUGCCUGGGCCACUCGGGCCCUGGGUUUUGUCUCUUUCGGUACAAUUUGCUUUUCCGUUAGCAUCAUGCGUGCGCGUUUCCAGCCAAAGGAGAAGCGCAAGCUCUGGCAAUUUUCUGCCUUCAAAGAACCCGCUUUCACUAUCUUUGUCAUUGCCAUGUUUGUGGGGUUCCUGGGAUUCUACAAUUUCCUGUUUUAUGUGCAGUCGUACGCAAUUGAGACACACAUUGUCGACCCGAAUCUAGGGUUCUAUCUCCUGUCCAUGCUGAAUGCCGCUUCAACAUGCGGCCGUAUUGGCCCCAAUUUCCUCGCUGAUCACGUCGGUCCUCUGAACAUGCUCACUCCCUUAGUUACCAUCACCGCGAUUCUUGCCUUUAUCUGGAUUCGGGUUCACACCGUACCUGGUAUCAUCAUUCUGGCCGUGCUUUACGGCUUCUUCUCUGGGGGCUUUGUUUCUCUGCCGCCUGUGGUGAUGGCUACGAUGACUCCAGAUGUCCGCGAUUUAGGCACACGGCUAGGCAUGGUCUUUACUGUGACCUCCAUCGGUCUGUUAAUCGGGACACCCAUCGGUGGUGCAAUUCUGGGCGACAACAAGAACUUCCUCGGAUUGCAACUCUUUACGGCUUGUUGUCUAAUCACAUCUACAUUCCUCUUUGCAACUGUGCGGUUCUUGCGCACAGGUCCUAACCUUCGUACGAAAGCCUAA